AUGGUCACCAACUCCGCGCUUCCAACCCUUCCAGGCGGGUUCAAUUACCCCCCUCCGACCGUUCCCCCAAAAGCCGGCGCACCCUACCUUGCCAGUUCCAAACUGCCUGAAAACUUUGUCUUUAUCGUCGUCGGCGCUGCGUUGGGCUUUGUGGCCCUCCUCAUCAUUGGCUGGCGGAUCCUCAUGUCGUGGUCCAUAAAUCGCAGUUUCAGACGCGACGCAAGCAGUGGAAAGGCAAGCGGCGCCGCUUACACGCCUCUUGCAGACAUUAAAAAGAACCCGGCGAUACAAUCCUCACACGAUAUGGCCGAUUUGAGUAAACUGCCGCGGUCAUUCUCGAGUGUGCCGUCACUGUUUUUCUCCCCUACAGCCGAAGUGGCGAAACAAACCCAGCGACCUACAAGCAGCCAACUCACACACCUGCCAGCUGGGCAUUACCGCGAUGCUUCGGAUUCAUAUCGACGAUGA